AUGGAACAAGUACCUGAAAAUGUCAGGGGCGCAAUAGAGUUUGACCCCUGGUUACAACCCUUUGCUCAAACGCUUUCAGAGAGACGUUAUUUGGCAGACAAAUGGUCUUAUGACAUUCGACAUGCGACUCCCGAUAAUCAUGAAAUAUCGUUACCAGAACUGGCCAGAAGAUCUUAUGCGACCUACGGUUUGCAUCCAGACGUCAAAACCAAAGAAAUUCAUUACAAAGAAUGGGCUCCUAACGCCAAACGUGCGUUUUUAAUUGGGGAUUUUAACAAUUGGGACCAAAAUUCUCAUGAAAUGAAACAUAAAGACGAAUUUGGUAAUUUCAGCAUUACAUUACCACCAAACUCGCAUGGUGAUUUUGCAAUUCCCCAUGACUCUAAAGUUAAAGUCGUUUUCGAGCUUGCCGAUGGAUCUCGCAUUUAUCGUCUUCCAGCUUGGAUUACACGUGCCACUCAACCCGAUACCCAAACUGCUAAACAGUUUGGCCCCGCGUUUGAGGCCCGUUUCUGGAAUCCUCCAGAACGCUAUAUUUUUAAGCACAAAAGGCCUCAUAUCAAUGGUAAGGUCGAUUCCUUGCGUAUUUACGAAGCACACGUUGGCAUUUCGUCCCCGGAACCAAAAGUGGCUUCUUACAAAGAAUUCACCAAAAACAUUCUACCGCGUAUUAAAGAUCUGGGCUACGAUGCGAUUCAACUGAUGGCCAUAAUGGAACACGCCUACUACGCCUCCUUUGGCUAUCAGGUGACGAAUUUCUUUGCUAUUAGUUCAAGGUAUGGUACACCAGAAGACCUAAAGGAACUCAUCGACACUGCACACGGAAUGGGCAUUUUGGUUUUACUAGAUGUGGUCCACAGCCAUGCGUCCAAAAAUGUAGAAGACGGGCUUAACAAUUUCGAUGGCUCGGAUCACCUUUACUUCCAUUCGAUCUCUUCUGGUCGCGGUGAGCACCCGUUGUGGGACUCUAGAUUAUUCAACUACGGGAAUUUUGAGGUCCUGAGAUUCUUGCUAAGCAAUUUGGCCUUCUAUAUCGACGUUUACCAUUUCGAUGGGUUCCGUUUCGAUGGGGUAACUUCCAUGUUGUACAACCACCACGGUGUUGGUGCUGGUGGUGCUUUCAGCGGCGACUACAAUGAGUACGUGUCCAGCGACAGGUCUAAUGUGGACCACGAAGCGUUGGCUUACUUGAUGUUGGCCAAUGACCUUGUUCACGAAAUGCUUCCAGAAAGUGGCUUGACUAUUGCAGAAGACGUCUCGGGUUAUCCGACUUUAUGUCUUCCGCGCAAACUUGGUGGGGUUGGAUUUGACUACCGCUUAGCCAUGGCGCUUCCCGAUAUGUGGAUUAAACUUCUAAAGGACAAAAGUGAUGAUGAUUGGCAAAUGGGGGACAUCGUGUAUACCUUGACCAACAGAAGGCAUGGCGAAAAAGUGGUCGCGUAUGCGGAGUCUCACGAUCAAGCAUUAGUCGGAGAUAAAACUUUGGCGUUUUGGCUGAUGGACGCUGCCAUGUAUACGGACAUGACUGUAUUGAAACCGCUCACGCCGGUUGUCGACAGAGGUAUCUCCCUGCACAAAAUAAUUCGGCUGAUCACCCAUGCUCUGGGAGGUGAAGCCUAUUUGAAUUUCGAAGGCAACGAAUUCGGCCAUCCGGAAUGGCUCGAUUUCCCGAAUGUCAACAAUGCCGACAGCUACCAUUAUGCACGCCGUCAGUUCAACCUUGUUGACGACAAACUAUUGCACUAUCAUCACCUCAACAACUUUGACAAGGGCAUGCAAGCGACAGAGCGCAGGUUCAAAUGGUUGAACACGCCUCAGGCUUAUGUGUCGUUAAAACACGAGGUCGAUAAAGUUAUAGCGUUCGAGAGGAACGGAUUACUUUUCAUAUUCAAUUUCCAUCCUACUCAGAGCUUUGUCGAUUACAGAAUCGGUGUCGAACAAAGUGGUUGUUACCGGAUCGCUUUGAACAGUGAUCAUUCCGAUUUUGGUGGCCAUAAUCGUAUCGACGAAUCUGUAUCUCGGUAUUUCACCACUGACCUUCCUUGGAAUGGCAGAAGCAACUAUUUACAGGUUUACAUUCCCAACAGGACCGCUUUGAUUUUGGCCCCGGAGAACAGAUUUUAG